AUGGCCCUUGCAACAAGACGCACUGACUUGUACAUUCCGGGUUGCUAUGAAGGAGAUGGCGCGGAAACCAUUGUCAAGGUAGGUACUCGACGACUAAGCAUUGCCAGACUAGUAGCAACUCCUUGGACUUCUAGCAUAAAGAACACCACUUGCCAUUUUGAUUUCUUGCGUCAAACAGUGCUUCCUGAUGUCGCAUUUUGCUUAAUCCAAGAGGAUUACAAGCUUUUACCAAUGAAUAAUGGCGCUUUUGAUGAUACUAUGGGCAAUGAAUAG